AUGAUUCGCCAACUCGUGCAACAGCGUGCCCGUUCGCUCGCUCGAUCGAGCCUGUCAUCGCCCAGAUGUGAGUCCCCUAUACGCAUCGCCUUCCUGCUAGGGUUGCUGUGGUCGGUUUCCCUCCUCCGCCGCUCGCACUUUCCUGUGCUUCUCCGCCCCUGAUCGAUCUGAGCGCUAACUCGCUUGGCCCAUCCCAUCCCGUCGCGCAGACCUACAUGCGACGUCGCGGUCGCAUGCGUUGACCAAGUUCAUGUUCCCGGCCAUGUCGCCGACCAUGACCGAGGGCGGUAUCGCGAGCUGGAAGAAGAAGGAGGGCGAGGCCUUCGCACCGGGAGAUGUCUUGUUGGAGAUUGUCAGUUCGGCUCCGCACGCAGCGCAACCAUUGCCCAAAGGCCGUAUAGAGCGCGCGCGCUAUCCUCGAUCGAUAGUGCCGCUAUUCGGGACAUUGGCAGCACCACCGUUUUCAGUUGAGCUGGGCACUGAUAUGACAUCACUGGUGGCCUGUAGGAAACCGACAAGGCGACGAUGGACGUCGAGGCCCAGGACGAGGGUGUGUUGGGCAAGAUCAUCGUGCGUACACCCUCCCCCACCCAUCCCCUCCCGUCCUCCGUCGCUCCACACUCCUCAUCGGCACGCUCCGAUCUUCCAGCCACCCAUCUAACUCAACUUCCUCUCCAACGCACAGGUCGGUGAUGGAGCAAAAGGUGUCAAAGUUGGCUCCAUCGUGGCCAUCUUGGCCGAGGAGGGCGACGAUGUAAGCGAGGCCGCCAUCAAGGCCUUGACCGAGGAUGGUGCAGGAGAGGCCGCGCCCGCCGAGGUCGCGGAGGACAAGCCGCAGGAGAAGGCAUCCGAGGCACCCGAGCCCAAGAAGCAAGAGACCAAGUCCGAAACACCCUCUGUACCCAAGAAGGAGUCGUCGAUGCAGCCCUCGGGCGACCAUCCCGUCAUUCUCGCCUCGCCGCUCGCCAAACGUCUCGCGCUCGAGCAGGGCAUCCCCUUGGCCAAGAUCAAGGGCUCUGGACCUGGUGGACGCAUCGUCAAGACCGAUAUCGAGUCGUACAAGCCCGAGGCACCCAAGGCCGCUGCUGCCUCGUCCUCGUCCUCUUCCGCCCCCGCUCCUUCCGCUUCCUCCUCCGCGGCCCCGGCCAAAUUCACCGAUACCCCCGUCUCCAACAUGCGACGAACUAUCGCCUCGCGCUUGACCGACUCCAAGUCCGGCACCCCCCACUACUACCUUACCACCGAGAUCAACAUGGACCGCGUCGCCAAGCUGCGCGAUGUCUUCAACUCGGCCGCCAAGUCGGCCGAGGCCGCAGGUGGUGUCAAGGACGGUGUCAAGACGGGCACCAAGCUGAGCUUCAACGACUUUGUCGUCAAGGCCAGUGCGCUCGCCCUCAACGAUGUGCCCGAAGUCAACUCGGGAUGGCACGGCGACUUUGUCCGACAGUGA